AUGGGUCCCUCGCUACGUCUUCCCGGCAAUAGGCUGUAUCACUUUACCCCAGAACGUGCGGACGAAGCUUUGAGUGCUACGCGGCGUCUCCCACUGGUUGCUGAUGCAGCCCAUGGAUACGAGCGUAUACAUACAGAUGCCUUUCUUAAUAGACUCGGCUUUUAUGAGGGCCUUCAGCCAUUUCUGGCUCAGCAUGCAGACACUUUCAGACGAGCUACCGAUCUACUCUUAUCCCCCCGCUUUUUCCCUAACAAUUGGGGCCAUUACAAUCAUAGACGAGGUCAUCCGCGGGGCUCAGAAGCUGAUGUAGCGGCGUGUCUGUUGCGAUACUUGCAGCUUCUCAAUGGCGAGGCUGAUCCUAGCAUGACAGAUGAGCUCGAGAGGCGUGCAAGACCGGUUCUGAGAGAGAUGGAAAGGAUUAUGGAAGAUCAGCAGUUUGUCAUUGCGGACCACCAGGAUGUCGCAGUUGCUGGUGGUAAUCUUAGACCAGAUCUCGUUAUAUUCCAUAGCCCACCGCCUGGCAUAGCGAGGAUAAAUGGAUUCCGUGGCUGGCCCAGCAUUAGGCUGAUUGCCGAGGUAAAGGCUACACCGAGGUACUUUACCAAGACGAACAUGCUCGACACACAUUCGGCGGGAUUCGGACAGCUGUGCGAUUACGGGUUCUUCAUACCAGCAUUGGGAGACUGGUUUCAUGCAGAUACGGAUAAAAUCACUGCUACAAUGGGGAUUAUAUCCUAUCUGCUCUCAAGGAACGCGCGGAGAUUUGGCUAUUUCACAGAUUACGACAAUGAGACAAUUGGCUUCCGGUUCGACAACCCAUCCACGGCUGGAACAACAAGAUGGACCCCCGCGCCUCGCUAUCACACGUUUGACAAGCUGCUGUCUUGUCACAUGGACAAUCCACUGAGUGUCAGCUCCGACCCUCCAGCCAUUCUUCGAAUCAUUGUCGAAUGCUGCAAUACCGGUUUCCAUAUACCAUCCCAGGGUUCGGCUGAACUUCCGCCUAACAUCGAUAUACUGCAGCUAAUCUUUGAUGGGACAAGCAUUCGCCGCCUACGUCAUUUAUUUGCUCAAGACGCCAUUGUUGAACAAGUAGCUGUGCUUCCUGCGGGUGACGACGAUGGACCAGGCAGCCAGUCCCACUUCGCAAGUGACGACGAUGGACAGGCGGCUGCUCCAGCCACUCCUACCCAAACUAGAAGCGGUCGGGUGUCCCGUCCACCAAAUCGCCUUACAUAUGAAUAUGAUGGCGGUUCUACGAGUUACUCAAGAAGGACUUGGAUAUUAAGUUUUUAUUAUUGUUGCACAGCAAAAGUUACACCAGACCAUAUCCUUUGUCAUCCAAUAAUGUGUGUUGACUUUAAAAAUACUGAGGAGAAAAGGGAGGAUGAGGCUGUUUCAGCCCACCAUAUGCUGGGCAUGGGGUUGCCCUAA